AUGGUGUACAUAGGUCAGUAUGAGCCAGAGGGGUUAGCACUGGAUGUGACAACCUUGGAGACUGAAAGCUCUGCUCUGCGGCGUCGCUGGCUAGUGGUCCAACUCCUGAUGCAGGUGUGGCUGGCGGCAAAUCCAUCUCUGAGUGAGCGCCCAUGCCCCAAGAGCUGUCGUUGUGAUGGAAAAAUUGUCUACUGUGAGUCAAGCGCCUUUCGUGAUGUCCCCAAGAACCUUUCUGGAGGAUGUGAAGGCCUGUCUUUACGGUACAACAGCCUUGCCAGUCUUCGUGCAGGCCAGUUUGUUGGUCUCAACCAUCUCAUCUGGCUCUACUUGGACCACAAUUACAUUGCAUCUGUGGAUGGAAUGGCCUUCCAGGGAGUUCGCAGGCUCAAAGAGCUAAUCCUGAGCUCCAACAAAAUCACAUCACUCCACAACACCACAUUCCACCCAGUCCCUAAUUUGCGUAACCUGGACCUGUCAUACAACAAACUGCAAGCCUUGCAGCCUGGGCAGUUCCAGGGCCUGAGGAAGCUUCUCAGCCUUCAUAUACGGUCAAACUCUCUAAAAACGAUCCCAGUCCGUCUGUUCCAAGAUUGCAGAAAUCUUGAGUUCUUGGAUCUGGGUUACAACCGCCUACGCAGUAUCACCCGGAAUGCUUUUUCAGGCCUAGUCAAGCUCACUGAGCUGCAUCUGGAGCAUAACCAGUUCUCAAAGAUCAAUUUCUCUCACUUUCCUCGUCUGUACAAUCUGCGGGCACUUUACCUGCAGUGGAAUCGCAUUCGUUCAAUGAACCAGGGCCUGACCUGGACCUGGGCCUCCAUCCAGAAACUGGAUCUGUCUGGGAAUGAUCUAACAGAAGUAGAUGCUGUAGUUUACCAAUGCCUGCCCAACCUACAGACUCUCAAUCUGGACUCCAACAAACUGACCAAUGUCUCCCAAGAGGUGGUGGAUGCCUGGAUCUCUUUGACUACUAUUAGCUUAGCUGGGAAUGUAUGGGACUGUGGCCCUGCCAUCUGUCCUCUGGUGGCCUGGUUGAGAAACUUCAGAGGGGCAAAGGAAACCGCCAUGAUCUGUGCCUCCCCAAAGAAAGCCCAGGGUGAGAAAGUGAUGGAUGCUGUUGAAGCUUUUGGUGUUUGUCAAUCAAACCAAGUGACAACACUCACUGUGAGUAUUCCUCCAACCCCAUCCAACACCCCCAUGAUGACUGACCAUCACCCGGCAAUUCUGGCUUCACCUACUGGUUCUGGAAAAAGAGGAGAGGGUUCUAUCAGAGGCCCCACUUCCUCAGCUGUUACCCCACCUGUGGCCCUUCCCCCAGAGCAGGAAUUGGAGCCCGUGUCCUUCCAUAAGAUUGUGGCUGGAAGCGUUGCCCUUUUUCUAUCUGUUGCAAUGAUCCUGUUGGUAAUCUACGUGUCUUGGAAGCGCUAUCCUAGCAGUGUGAAGCAGCUGCAGGAGCAUUCGGCAGCAGCCCGCAAACGCCGCAAGAAAGCAAGAGAGACGGAGCGCACCCUGAGCUCUCCUCUGCAGGAGUACUAUGUGGACUACAAGCCCACCAAUUCUGAGGCCAUGGAUGUGCUUGUAAAUGGGACCGGACCCUGCACCUAUACCAUCUCAGGCUCCAGAGAAUGCGAGGUCCCCCACCAGAUGGGAGCGCUGACCUUCUACCGCUACGAGCAGCCUAUCGUAGACUACUGCCAGGCUCAUCAACCCCUGAGGCUCAACAUGGGCUAUGAGGGACCCCCACAAGGCCUGGAGGGCCUGGAGGACCUGGGGCCAUGUGAUAGGGGCACUCUACAGACAGUGGCGCUGCCUGCCGUGCCCUCUGCCGCUACCAUGGGUGCCCCUGUGCCAGGGCCUCGCUCUCCUCCACCACCUCUAAGACCACCAACCGAAGGUCCCAGCAGCGGUCCUUUUCCAACCACCGAGCGAACCGGCACUCUCACCGGCACACUCAAAUUUGGACGCUAG